AUAAUCUCAUUAACUAAAUAUUUUAUUUUUUAAAUGCUGUUAUAAAAUCCCAAACACAAUGGAAGUGAAUGAAAAUUAUAAAAAUGUACCGAAAAAAUGUAAUUUCGAGGACGCGUUAAAUAUAACUGGUUUUGGAAAAUACAACUUUACUAUGUUGCUGGUAUGCUGCCUACUGAUCUUAGCCAUGUACAUCGACAUAUUCGGGUUCUCCGUGGUGUUGCCAAGUGUUGCAUGUGACAUGGAGCUCACGACUUCUCAACAGGGCCUGCUUUCUGCGGUGCCUUUAAUUGGAGUGAUGAUAUCUUCGUACGCGUGGGGUCUCGGCGCUGAUACCAUAGGACGACGCACAACAUUACUAAUAGCUAUGCCAAUCGGAAUGCUCCUAAACUUAGCUGCCAGUAUAGCUCCGAACUACAUAUAUUUGGCCGUAUUCAAGUUUUUCUCAGCCAGCUUCACGUCAUCAGCAAAUGCAGCUGCGUUUGUUCUGCUCGGGGAAAGUGUUCCAGCUCGAUAUAGAGGUCGAUUCAUGUUCUUAAUGGCGAGUGCGACAAUGUACGUGCAAUUUGUCAUAUGUGUUAUUGCUCUACCCAUAACUGGGAUCUCUUUCGUCAUUGAUGUAUCUUGGUUAUCAAUGACCUACCGACCUUGGAGAAUGCUGCUGCAAAUCAUCAGCUUGCCGGGCAUCAUUGGAGUUGUUGGAAUUAUAUUUCUUCAAGAAAGUCCGAAAUUUUUACUCAGUAAAGGAAAGGAGGAAGCUGCUAUUGAAUGUCUAAAAAAUAUAUUCAGGUGGAAUAAAGGACUAGACAAGGACAGUUUUCCCGUGAAAUCAAUUUUCUUAGAAGAAUUUGAGACACCGAAUAAUGCAAAUGCGUCAUUUUUGCGUAAAAUGUGGAAUCAAACAGCACCGCUUUUUAAACCACCUCUUCUUAAAAACUCGCUGAAACUAUACUACAUUCUGCUCUGUGCUUAUAUGACUUCAACGGGCUACACGAUGUGGGUACCGACGAUGACAAAUGCCUUCUUCAAUGGAGAAGAUAGCGCGGGAAAGACUUUCUGUCAAGUUGCAAGUACAGCCGCCACUGCUUCAAAUAGCACUACUACAACCGAUUGUGAUAACGUAAUAAAACCCAUGACCCUCUACGCAGUCAUGUGCUACUCUGGACUAUCCGGCUCUUUGAACAUCGUACUUACUUUUGUGGUAGGACCUCUGGGCAAGAGAAAGACAACCAUACUAGUCUUCUCCGUCGCUAUAAUAUGUGGAAUCAUCCUCCUAUUUAUCAAGAUUCCAAUUAUGAGCAUCGUUCUGUUCUACUUCUUUUUAUACGUGGCGCUUAUUUUGGGCAACAUCAAUACUUAUAUAGUUGAACUAAACCCUACAUAUUUGAGGGGUAUGGCGACAUGUUUGUCCGUUGUAGUUGCACGUGGAUUCGGAUUUAUAAGCGUCCAAUUAAUUGCCAGCUUACUCGCUGACUAUUGCACACCCAUGAUCUCCGGAUACAUUGCUCUUGUUAUUUCUGGACUAUUGGUAUCAUUCUUCUUACCUCCGGACAAAUCACCGAAAACAGAUGACAUUGAAAACAAUAUAUCAACAAACAAGAAAAAUGAAAUAGAAAGAACUGAAUUAUAGUAUUAUUAGGAUUUA